UCAAUCUGACCGGAGCAGUACAACUGCGGGUCAAAUGGCAAAACCGUAUGAGUUCAACUGGCUGCGGCCUGUUCCUCAUUUCAUGCAGGAAGGAGCAUAUUUUGACAGAUUUGAUGAGGAUCCGUUUGUCUUCGAAUCAAACUGUUUUUUCAAAGUGGAUGCUUUUGGAUUCUUCCUGACGUGGAAAAGCGAAGGAAAGGAAGGUCAGGUUUUCGAGUUUUCCCUGAUCAACAGCAUACGUGAUACCAGUGUACCGAAGGACCCAAAGAUCCUCUCAGCGUUGGAGGCCGCGGGAAAAUGUGAGAAUAACCUGGAGGGCAGAAUCAUAUGCAUAUGCAGCGGCACAGACCUGGUGAACCUCAGCUUCAUGUACGUGGUCACGCAAAACAGCAGCACCGCCAAGCAAUGGACAGACGGCUUGCGGUCACUGAUUCAGAACUCUCGAGCGAAUAACGUGUGUCCGAUGACCUGCCUGAGAAAACAUUGGAUGCGAUUGUCAUUUUUGACCAAUGUAAAUGGAAAAAUACCCGUCAGAAGUAUCACACGUACCUUUGCCUCGGGCAAAACGGAGAAAGGUAUUUUCCAGGCGCUGAAGGAUCUCGGUUUACCCAGUGGAAAGAAUGAUGAAAUCGAGCAUGAGAUCUUCACCUUUGACAAAUUCUACAGCCUUACGCAGAAGAUUUGUCCCAGAACUGAUAUUGAAGUGCUGUUCAAGAAACUGAGAGACAAAAGUGAUUAUUUAGGCGUUGACCAGUUAGUUCACUUUUUGAACGAAAAUCAGAGAGAUCCGCGUCUGAAUGAAAUACUCUUCCCGUUCUUCGACUCGAAAUGUGCUUUCCAGAUCAUACAGCGAUAUGAACCUGAUGAGAAACUGAGGAGGAAAGGUCUGAUGUCAUGUGACGGGUUCUGUCGGUAUCUGAUGUCUGAUGAAAACGCUCCCGUGUUUCUGGACCGGCUGGAGGUUUAUCAGGAGAUGGAUCAUCCACUGUCUCACUACUUCAUCAACUCGUCUCACAACACCUACCUGACCGGCAGACAGUUUGGAGGGAAGUCGUCAGUGGAGAUUUACAGACAGGUGCUGCUGACCGGAUGCAGGUGUGUUGAAUUGGACUGCUGGGAUGGAAAAGGUGAAGAUCAGGAACCCAUAAUCACCCAUGGCAAGGCCAUGUGCACCGACGUCCUCUUCAAGGACGUCAUUCAGGGAAUUAAAGAAACGGCCUUCCUGACAUCAGAGUAUCCUGUGAUUCUGUCCUUCGAAAACCACUGCACGAAACAUCAGCAGUAUAAACUGGCGCGAUACUGCGAGGACAUUUUUGGAGAUUUGCUCCUAAAACAGCCGUUAGACGAUUUCCCGAUGGAGGCCGGAUGUCCGCUGCCGUCCCCAAAUGACCUUAAAGGGAAAAUCCUCAUUAAGAACAGAAGAUUAAAACCUGAAGUUGAAAAAAAACAGCUGGAGCACUUUAAGAAGCAUAUGGAAGCUGGAGAGCCGAGCAUCUCCACGAACAUGUCUGAAGAUGAGAACGAGGAGGAGAUGGCCACUGCAGAGCUGCUGAACGAAGCUCAUCCCGAGCGGAUUCACGGAUGUCUGAUCGCUGAGGAAGAGAUUCGUGAGGAAGAGGCGCUCCGGCCCAGAAAGGCUGGUGAAACGAAUGUGGCUGAUGAACAAGCACUGAUUCAGUCGUACACGUAUGUGGCGGCCACUACUAACAUCCACCCGUAUCUGUCCAGUAUCGUCAACUACGCACAGGCCGUCAAGUUCACCAGCUUUGAUGAAGCCGAAGAAAAAAAUAUUCAUCACAACAUGUCUUCCUUCAACGAAUCUGUGGGUUUGGGAUAUUUAAGGACAAAUGCCAUUGAAUUUGUGAACUACAACAAACGGCAGAUGAGUCGCAUCUACCCCAAAGGAGGACGAGUGGACUCCAGUAAUUAUAUGCCACAGAUCUUCUGGAACGCCGGCUGCCAGAUGGUAGCGCUGAACUUCCAGACCCCAGAUUUGGCGAUGCAGCUCAACCAAGGCAAAUUCGAAUACAACGGCUCAUGCGGGUUUCUGCUGAAGCCGGAUUUCAUGCGGCGGCCCGAUCGCAUGUUCGACCCCUUCUCAGAGACGCCCGUGGACGGAGUGAUCGCCGCUACCUGCAGCGUCCAGGUGAUUUCAGGCCAGUUUCUGUCGGAUAAGAAGAUCGGCACCUACGUGGAGGUGGACAUGUACGGCCUCCCCACCGACACCAUCCGCAAGGAGUUUCGGACGAGGAUGGUGAUGAACAACGGCCUGAAUCCCGUCUACAGCGGAGAAGCGUUCGUCUUCAGGAAGGUGAUCCUCCCAGACCUCGCCGUGCUGCGUGUGGCCGUGUACGACGACAACAAUAAGCUGAUAGGACAGCGCAUUCUCCCGCUGGACGGACUGCAGUCGGGUUACAGGCACAUUUCCCUACGAAACGAGUACAACAAACCCCUGUCUCUGGCCACCGUCUUCUGCAACAUCGUCCUCAAAACAUACGUGCCUGACGGCUUCGGAGCGAUUGCAGAUGCCCUGUCUGAUCCCAAGAAGUUCUUAUCGGUCUGUGAGAAGAGAACGGACCAAAUGAGAGCCAUGGGCAUUGAGAUGUCAGACAUCGCCGAUGUACCGAAUGACGGAUGGAUGGGGAGUAAGAAGCGGAAGGUGAAUUCAGCAGCGAUGCUACCGCAGAAAGACUCUGAGAGAGCGAGAGCAGCGCUGGGACAGAAUCCAUUCAUCUGCUCCAAAGAGGAUACAUCAGUGCUCGCACCUCAACUCACCAUCGAUGACCUAAAGCAAACCAAGACCUACUUGAAACUCGUCAAGAAGCAGCAGAAGGACGUGAACGCUUUGAAGAAAAAGCAGGCGAAGGCCCACGCCGCACUGCAGAGCUCCCACAGCGCUCAAGUGGACAGGACUGUUGCUCAACAUGAUAAAGAGAAACAAGCGCUGGAGAAGCAGCUCCAGAAAAGCAUCCGGAAAGUGAGUGACAGUUACAGCCUUGAAAUGAGUAGAGACGUCGACCGGCAGAUCAAGACUCUAACGAGCAAUCACAAAUCAAAGGUGAAGGACAUGGUCGCCGCUCACGCGCUCGAAUGGGCAGAAAUGAUCAAAUGGCAGUCGGCUGAAGAACACACCGUGAGAGAGCAGCACGUAAUUCAGCAGUGCGAGACGCUCCGAAAACUCCUUCUGAUGGAGCAGGAGCAGCAGACACUGCAGCUCACGCUCCUCCAUGAAAGACAGAGUAAAGAGAUGCGAACCAACCAAGCGAAGACCUCGAUGGAGAGCAGCAAAGCCAUCAGUCAAGACAAAAGCAUAAAGAACAAGGCUGAGAGGGAACGGAGAGUUCGUGAGCUCAACAGCACAAACACAAGGAAGUUUCUUGCAGAAAGAAAGAGGCUCGCCAUGAAACAGUCCAAAGAGAGCGAACAACUCCAGGCAGCUCAGCGGGAACAACUGGAGGGGCUGGAGAAACACAAUGAGGAGCUGUUGAACUCGUGCUAUGCAAAAUCACAAUGCCAAGCAUGGAAUUAAAAAAAAAGGCCAGAGAGAUUCAGUGCAUGAAGACAGCAGAGAGGACAGAACAGACCGCUGACCGAUGAAAGCCACUGCAGUGAGAACGCACUUUUCACAUGCACUAAUGCUCUAUAUGCACACUGUGCACAUUAGUGAAGUCUGCUUGGUAUUUAUUUAAGUUUUAUGAAUGCACUGAUGUUUUGUCAGGAAAGAGAGAAACUGAUUUUACAAGCCUGGCUGCUUUAAAGUCAACAUGAAAUUAAAAUGAACUAUUUAAUGUUUUUAAAACAUGCAUCUGAUCUUAUUGUGAAUAAUUCAUUAUUAGUACAUAUUAUUCUAAAGAAUAAAUGUUUGUCUUUUUAAAAAUAUAAUAACUUGACAAAGACUAUUCUGGUACGAAAUGGCAACUUUUAACCAUCUAAUCGAUUUAUUUUUGUAUAUUUGCUUAGAUAUGAAAAUAUAUUUUGUAAAAUGGAUUGUAAAUGUAAUUUUAUUCUGACUUCAUAUAUAGCAGUAAAAUAUAAACCAUAUAAUCUACUAUGUAUCUGAGAGUCUUAUGCAUUAAUACUGUUUUUUACGAAUAUGUAAAUGUGUUGAAUUGCUAUAAAAUUCAUUUUAGUAGUCAUAGUGUCAUUUUUAUUGACUUUGUUUUCAUCCGAGUGUUCUGUCUUACUCCGUUCAGAGCAUAAACAUUGUGGAAAUGCUUGUGAUGUUUUUUUAUUUUUAAAUGGCUUUGGAUGAAAUCCAUCUUCUUAAUGACUGUAUAUAAAUGAAAGCACUGUUCAGGGUUCAUUACAGAUGAAGCAGAGAUGCUGUUGAUGACCACAGAAACAAAAACCCCUGCUUCACUUCACAGAAAACAGAGAAAGCUUGGCAAGUACCGGCCUCACAACCACAGACCACGUGUAACCACACCAGCCCAGGACCUCCACAUGCAGCAUCUUCACCUCCAAGAUCGUCUGAGACCAGCCAUCCGGACAGCUGCUGCAACAAUCGGUUUGCAUAACCAAAGAAUUUCUGCACAACUGUCAGAAACCAUCUCAGGGAAGCUCAUCUGCAUGCUCGUCGUCCUCAGCGGGGUCUCGACCUGACUGCAGUUUGUCGUCGUAACCGACUUGAGUGGGCAAAUGCUCACAUUCGAUGGCAUCUGGCACUUUGGAGAGGUGUUCUCUUCACGGACGAAUCCUGGUUUUCACUGUACAGGGCAGAUGGCAGACAGCGUGUAUGGUGUCGUGUGGGUGAGCGGUUUGCUGAUGUCAACGUUGUGGAUUGAGUGGCCCAUGGUGGCGGUGGGGUUAUGGCAUGGGCAGGCGUAUGUUAUUACGAACACAGGUGCAUUUUAUUGAUGGCAUUCUGAAUGCACAGAGAUACCGUGACGAGAUCCUGAGGCCCAUUGUUGUGCCAUUCGUCCACGACCAUCACCUCAUGUUGCAGCAUGAUAAUGCACAGCCCCGUGUUGCAAGGAUCUGUACACAAUUCCUGGAAGCUGAAAACAUCCCAGUUCAUGCAUGGUCAGCAUACUCACUGGACAUGUCAACCAUUGAGCAUGUUUGGGAUGCUCUGGAUCGGCGUAUACGACAGCGUGUUCCAGUUCCUGCCAAUAUCCAGCAACUUCGAGUGGACCAACAUUCCACAAUCAACAACCUGAGCAACUCUAUGCGCAGGAGAUGUGUUGCACUGCGUGAGGUAAAUGGUGGUCACACCAGAUACUGACUGGUUUUCAGACCCCCACGGACCCCCAAAUACAAUAAAACUGCACAUUUUAGAGUGGCCUUUUAUUGUGUCCAGCCUAAGGCACACCUGUGCAAUAAUCAUGCUGUCUAAUCAGCAUCUUGAUAUGCCACACCUGUGAGGUGGAUGGAUUAUCUUGGCAAAGGAGAAGUGCUCACUAACACAGAUUUAGACAGAUUUGUGAACAAUAUUUGAUAGAAACUGGCCUUUUGAGUACAUAGAAAAAGUCUUAGAUCUUUGAGUUCAGCUCAUGAAAAAUGGGGGCAAAAACAAAAGUGUUGCGUUUAUCAUUUUGGUCAGUGUAUUUUUAUAUUUUCUGAUUUUUUACUUGAAUUUUAGUUAUAGUAAAUUUGCUUAAUUGUUCUAUUAUUAUUUUGAUGUCUGUAUAGUUUUAUUAAUUUUUAUUUUAUUUACUGCUAGUUAGUAAAACUAUGUUAAGACAGUCUUAUAUAACCAGGUUAUGUUCAAGUUUUAUAAAACCAGAUCAUUCAAUUUUAUUUAUUUGUACAUUUUUCUCAACUUCCAUUUUUAUUUUUUGUUAU